CCGAUCCUUCCCACUUGUCUGCUGCCUACCUGUUCCUCCCCCUCCCGGGCAUGACAGUGCAUGCCACCGCUCACUCGGUCACAGACCAAGGCCAUGGACCGGAAGGCAGGAGAAUCCCUCCUGGCCUACGAGGAACGCCUGGCUGCUUUCAUCCAGGAGGCCAACGAUAGGACCGUCGCCGCGGCCAAGGACCGUAGUCAGAUUGAGCAAGAAGAGGAGGCCAAGCGACGGAAGGAGGAACAGGACCGACUUCGUCAAGAGGAGGCAGACCUGCAGGCAGCAGCCGAACACCGGUCACGCCAGCGGGAACAACUGUUCACGCGGGAGACCGUGAUCGGCGAUGAGACCGCACAUUGGGUGGAAAUGGCAUCUGCCGACGGGGCCCCGGAGACUGACAAAGGGAUGUCCGCCGUUGCGCAGAUCUCCCACGACCUCGUGGCCACCUGCGCUCUGCAGCAGGAGCAAAUCCUUCACCUGCAGCAGACAGUGGACCAGAUGCUUACACAGCUGCAGGCGUUGGAGAAACAGCCAGCUGCUGUAGCAGCCGCAGGGCCUUCCAACCUUACCACCCGCGUUCAAGUCUUGGAGGAUGACGUCAGCAACAUUAAGCGUGUGCAUCACGAUUUCCGGACGUCACAGCAAGCAACGAACUUGCAGUUGGAGACGCAGGUCCAGGCUGCUGCCACCGUGACGCCCGCGGCCGCAUCCUCCCGGCGCCCACCCAAACUGGAUGACAUUCCAGUUUUCUGCGAUCAGUCCAAGACGGAACCGAUCCCGUGGUGGCGCCAGUUUACUCUCAGGCUCGACAUGCACCAUGUCCCAAUAACGAUCGACAUCCGUGCUUGUACCACCGAUCUGGUGCACCAUCCACGAUGCUGCACAUUGCCCCACCAAGGAGAAACCCCGUUCGAGAAAGUAGGCCCCGCCGAGGGUGACUCGACACCUCCCUCGACGCCAUCGGAAGCGGUUGUGCGCACGACCGCCCUUUCUUCCAAGGCAUAUGCGGAUGUCGAGAGUCUUCCACUUCCAUUCGAAGACUUCGCUGCCCGGCUCGUUCCUUCACUGGAUGCUUCUCAAGGAAAGGAUACAUGUGCGGCUUUCUCACCGUCCGAAGGUUCUUCCGCCAUUUCGUCUUCAUCAAGGGAUUCGGCAAGCGUGUUCAACGAGGAGGCUUUGGACCCGCUCACGCCCGAGGAUUUCGCUUGGGUUACUCUCCCUACGUCGGGCAACCUUACGGGGCCGCAAAGCGCAGCACUAUGCGCCCUCUUACACGAGUAUCUUUCCUUCCAUGCACCACCAACUUCGCCGACGGUAGACGAAGUCGCGGUGGGGGAUAUGCUUGGCUAUGUUGCCAAGGUGGCCCGCAAGUUUGUCUCGCAACGGUACGCAGAAAACAACGCACCGUUGCUCUACAUUCGCAUUCAGAUUGGGCAAGCGGCCUGCAACGCUUUGCUAGAUUGCGGCGCAACUCGCAACUUCAUYAGCCAGUCCUUCAUGACUCGGGCUGGCCUUGGCGCACAAGUAUGGAGGAAGUCACAUCCGAUGACGGUCGCUCUUGCCUACGGUAAGACGAAACAACUCUUAGCCCGUUACAUCUCGGCUGUCACGGUGUACUUUGCACCGCACGCAUGUGAACCCGUAACUUUUGACGUGUUGGACACCGACUUCGAUGUCAUUUUGGGGAUGCCUUGGCUUUCUAGCGCGGACCACACGGUCAAUUUCCAUCGACGCACGCUCACGAUUCGUGAUGCAAUUGGCGCCGAGGUCCCGUGUACUAUUCCUCCUCCUCGCUCUUCCAUUCGGUGCCAAGUCUGUCGGACCGGCCGAUCUCUCACGAGAUCAUACUGGAGGCUGGCGCCGUGCCACCGAAAGGAUGCAUUUAUCGCAUGUCCGAGGAGGAGCUCACGGUUCUCAAUGCGCAACUCGACGAUCUACUUGACAAGGGUUGGAUCCGCCCCACCUUACGGUGCGCCCGUUCUCUUCGUUCGGAAGAAGAACAAGGACCUUCGACUUUGCAUUGACUACCGACGCCUCAACGCGCAAACCAUCAAGAACGCGGGGCCUCUACCUCGCAUUGACGAUUUGCUUGAGAAGUUGGGCGGCGCCAAGUACUUUUCAAAGUUGGACCUCAAGUCGGGCUACCAUCAGAUUUUCAUCCGUCCGCAAGAUCGGUACAAGACCGCGUUUAAGACGCAAUAUGGGCAUUUUGAGUGGGUAGUUAUGCCUUUUGGCCUCACCAAUGCCCCGGCCACCUUUCGGGCGGCCAUGACCACCGAGUUUCGUGCUAUGUUGGACCGAUUUGUCUUGGUCUACUUAGACGACAUCCUCGUCUAUAGCCGUGUUCUGGAGACUCUUCGGUUAGCCCUGUACAAAGCUAACCGCGACAAAUGCGAGUUUGUCAGGCAAGAGCUUGAAUACUUGGGUCAUUUUGUCUCUCCGGAACGCAUUCCGUUGGCGGACAAGAUUCAAGCCAUCCAGGAAUGGCCCGAGCCGAAGAAUGUGACGGACGUCCGAUCCUUCCUCGGCUUGGCCGGUUAUUAUCAGCGCUUCAUCAAGGGUUACUCGAAGAUCGCGGCCAACCUAAGCAAGUUACAAAGCGAGGAGCGGCCUUUUGACUUCGACGACAACGCGCGCCAUUCUUUUGAGACACUCAAAGCGACACUCUUGUCCGCCGAGGUGUUACAUAUUUACGACCCGCUUCUAGCUACACGCGUCACUACCGAUGCGUSGGGCUAUGGCAUUGGGGCCGUCCUUGAGCAGCACGAUGGCACGGAYUGGCACCCGGUCGAGUACUUUAGCAAGAAAGUACCUCCCGUGCAUUCGAUCGACGACGCACGGAAGGAGCUUCUUGCCUUCGUCCAUGCCCUCAAGCGUUGGCAGCAUUUCCUCCUUGGUCGGAAAGCAUUCCGAUGGGUAACGGAUAACAAUCCGUUGGUAUUCUACAAGUCGCAAGACAUGAUUAACAGUACCAUUGCCCGUUGGAUGGCUUUCAUCGACCAGUUUGACUUUUUCCCCGAUCACAUUCCCGGGAAGUCAAACCGUUUUGCGGACGCCCUCUCAUGGCGACCGGAUCUUUGCACCGCAGUCUGCUCUACCUUCGAGAUCGACGACGACUUGCGGGAGAGCUUCAUCCGCGGCUAUCAAGCCGACCCCCACUUUCGCAACAAAUACUCGAAUUGCUCCUCUCCGAAUCCGGUGCCUUCACAUUAUCGGAUCCAAGAGGGCUACUUGCUUGUGCAUUCACGGGGAAAGGAUCUUCUUUGUGUGUCGAGUGAUUCACACUUGCGCACACGGCUUCUUGGCGAGUUUCACGAUGCGCACGCCUCCGGACAUUUUGGUGUCAACCGUACACUUGGCCGACUUCGCCAGCGGUUCUAUUGGCCCGACCUUCUUAAGGACGCCACCCGCUAUUGUGAGUCGUGCGAAGUCUGUCGGCGUUGCAAGUCACGCAACCACCGUCCGUUCGCCGAGCUACACCCACUACCAGUGCCCCUUGGGCGACGGGAAGCAAUUGCUAUGGAUAUCACCGGCCCCUUCCCGAAGCACAAGACCGGCGUUGAUGGGAUCCUCACGGUCGUCGACCGCCUCACCAAGUACGCCAUGUUUUUGCCUUGCCGCUAUCACGCAAAGGCACCGGAGUUAGCCGAGGUCUUAUACACCGGUUGGAUUCGCUCCAAGGGCUACCCCAAGGAGAUCGUUUGCGACUGGGACACUCACUUUCUCUCCGACUUUUGGGUCGCACUCGUCAAGCGAUGGGGCUCAUCUUUGAAGCCGAGUUCGGCUCGCCACCCGCAAACCGAUGGUCAAACGGAAAGGGCGCAUCAGACCGCUCAAGUCCUUUUACGCACUCUCAUCCAUCCCGACCAGCAGGAUGGAAAGAAGUUCAGACCGAUUGAGUAUAUGAGCAAAAAGAUGCCAUCAAAGAAACUGGCAAAGUCCACCUAUGAAAGGGAACUCUAUGCUCUCUACAAAGCACUUGUCCAUUGGAGGCACUUCCUGUUGGGACGGUUUUUCUAUUUGAGAACUGACCAUCAGACCCUUAAAUGGAUCAAGACUCCACCGGCUCUUUCUGAUGCACUCAAGCGUUGGAUUGAGGUCAUAGAUCAAUAUGACUUCAAGCUAGAGUAUCUGAAGGGAGAGUACAACAAGGUUGCAGAUGCGCUGUCACGUAGAGCAGACUACCUAGGGGCGCUAGUUUUUGAGUUUGGUGUAUCUGUGGAACUAACUCAAUCACUGGUGGGAGCCUAUCAGGAAGACCCUGUCACGAUGGACAUCAUACGCAAACUUCAGGCGAAAGAUAAGGCCAUAGAAGACGAGUUUGUGAUGGUGGACGGGCUACUCUUUCUUGAUAAGGCCGGGUUUAAGAGAUUAGUGAUUCCAUCUAGUGAACAUUUGCGUAGUUUAUUCUUAGGAGAAUGUCAUGACGCAACCGGACACUUUGGCUACAAAAAGACGAGUGCCAAUCUAGUACAACGAUUUUGGUGGCCCGGAAUGCUAAAAGAUGCAAAGAAGUAUGUGGAGACCUGUCAGGUCUGUCAGCGGGACAAGCCGCGAACUCAAGCACCGCUUGGGUUGCUUAAGCCCUUACCUAUCCCCGCUGGUCCGGGACAAAGUGUUUCCAUGGACUUCAUGGACACUUUGGUGACCAGUAGGAGUGGCAAGAGGCAUAUCUUUGUCAUCAUAGAUCGAUUCACCAAGUACGCUAGACUAAUUGCCAUGCCAGAGACCGCAAGGACUGAACACGUCAUCAAGUUGUUUAUGGACAACUGGGUGCGUGAUUUUGGACUACCAAAGUCAAUCGUUAGUGACAGAGAUGUCCGCUUCACAAGUGAGCUGUGGAAGAAGACUGCUGAACAGAUGGGCAGUCAACUUCAGAUGACUUCAGGGAAUCAUCCCGAAGCCAACGGACAGGCCGAGCAAAUGAACAGAGUUGUACAACACCUGCUGAGGCAUUACAUCAAGCCCAGUCGGGAUGAUUGGGAUGAGAAGUUGCCUCUCAUCGCCAGCCUGUACAACAACGCUGUACACAGGAGUACCGACGUUAGUCCUAACCAGCUGCACUUGGGAUGGAAGCCUAGAUCAGCUCUAGACUUCCUCCUACCUGAAAACCGACCCUCUGCAACUCCAGGCACACUUGAGUAUGGCGUGCACUAUGAGAAGUUGCUGCAGCAAGCUGUCGAGCACAUCAGGAAAGUCAGCAAACAAUGAUUGCUUCUGAGAACAAACAUCGUCGACAGUC